GUUGACCAAACACAACAUUGACUGACAAGGAGGAUUUCACUUUUCGAUUCUGCGCUGUCGUAAAUUCUAUUUUAGCGUUAUCGUCUAAUGUUAUUGUCACUAAUCGCGAACGUGAAGCAAGAUGAUAUAUUUGGCAAUAAUUUUAGAACACUUUUUCAAGUUACGUUUAUUACUGCUGUAAUUAUUCUGAAUUUCGUAGAGAAGAAGCACGUGUCAAAAACCGAGUAUGCCGGGUAUCGUUAAAGUUAAAGUCCUAGAAGGACGAAAUCUGCCCGUCAUGGAUAAAUCCGCAGACACGACCGACGCUUACGUUGAAAUCAAAUUGGGUAACAACACGUAUAAAACAGAUGUAUGUCGUAAGUCAUUGAACCCUCAAUGGAAUUCAGAGUGGUAUAAAUUUGAAAUGGAUGAUGCCGAAUUACAAGACGAACCGUUACAAGUACGAUUGAUGGACCAUGACACUUAUUCGGCCAACGACAUGAUUGGAAAAGUAUAUUUUAAUUUGAAUCCACUGCUGUUGAACACUUGUACCGAAGCACGUGACAAUUUGCUCAGAUCUAGUCAUUUCUCAUCACCUGGAUCAGGAUGUAUCUCUGGAUGGUUUCCUGUCUACGACACCAUUCACGGACUCAGAGGCGAGAUCAAUCUAAUCAUUAAAUUAGAAUUAUUUUCCGAUUUCAAUAAAUUUCGUCAAUCGUCUUGCGGAAUUCACGUAUUCAGUUGUAGCAUGAUUCCUUACGGAUACCAUACAGAAAAUAUAUACGGUUUUGUCGAAGAACUCGUAGUCGAAGAUGAUCCGGAAUACCAAUGGAUUGAAAAAAUACGAACUCCUCGAGCUUCGAACGAAGCCAGACAAGCCAUGUUUUACAAGAUGUCCGGCGAAGUGCAGAGAAAAAUUGGACUAAAAGUUAUAGAACUGGGUGGAAACGCUGUUAUCGGUUACCGUCAGUUUUUCGAUCUGGAGGGCGAAACUGGAGGAGUUGUUGUCAGAGGGAUUGGCACUGCUGUUAAAUUAUGUAGAUCGAAACAGCCUGAAAAUCAAACUGGAAUGAGCACUCAAACCGAUUUAAAAUUUAAAAUCCCCAGUUUAACCAUCACCAGCGCUUUUCCUAAUAAUUUAUCACAACAAAGUGACAACUGCAGCCUUAUUUCGCUCACCGAGUCUUUGAGACUGAACAACUUCAUCAUGAGCGAUAUCGCUCCCGAAGACACAUGGUCGUUAUGUAGCUUCGCCAGUCAAACUAGUUGUAAUAGUCGAUACACCUCCAUCGAAACAUUACUCGAUCAAAAAAAUCGAAACCCAAUUGUCAAAAGUGGUUCUAAAUUACUCAGCGUCGCAAAGUAUUUCACCACUUCUAAAAUGAGAAGAAAAUUUUCGCGAAAAAAUAAACAAAAGUCGUUACAAGCGUUACGUAAGUUUAGCGUCAUCGAAGAAUACAAACAGAAAAGUGAUAGUGGAAAUUUAGAAUUCGAAAUAGAUGAAAUGAUUCGAGCUUCUUCUAAAUUAAACGAAUCGGUUUCACGAUGUGAUUCGUACGUAGCUCAAAACAGAGUGCAGAGUUUAGAGAGAGUUCCUUCGGUCGAAGAAUACAUUUCGUGUCAAAUUUACGAUAACACUGCCGCCGUCAAGACUCAGUAUUUUAAUGUUAGCGAUCCGGAGGUUAAUUCUAAAUUACCCGAAGAUAAUACUAAUCAGGAAGAGGAAUUGGUUUUUCAGUUUGAGUCGAAUUCGGUUCAACAGAGCGAGGAAAUGGAGAUAAAUAGGGACGAUUCGGAAACGAGAAUUAUUCGUAAUCUCGACGAGUGUAUAAUUAGCUACGAUGACCCAGAGAGAGAAACUUCUUCGGUUAAAAGUUUAGAAAUGGCGUUUCAAAAUAGCUACAGCUGUAUGGAAAAACAUUCUUCCGAGCAGAACGAAAUAUCUCCUGUUAGAAUGAACGAAGACCCAGCGAUGAGAGAAACAUCUUCGGUCAAAAGUUUAGAGCUAGCAUUUCAAAAUAGCUACAGCUACGAAAAACACUCUUCCGAUCAAUACGAAAUAUCACCUGUUAGAACUCACGAAAGAGAAACAAUAUCGUACGAAGACUUACGUCGACGUAGAACGCCCCCUUUAUCCGAAAUGUCCCCCGUUUCAAUGAGUCCUCCUUCUCGGGAAGACUCUCCGGUACGUAAAUUCAUCAGCGAGCAAAAUUUAAACACUAAAACCGUAGAAUUCGAUAAAGAUUUCCUUCGUAAAUUACGCCGUAGACAUAUCCCCGACUAUUAUCCUAUCUCAGCCUCUCCCGAAAUCAGGAAACUGAUCGGUUUGAACGAAAUUAUUAAAAGGAGUAAAUCCGAAAGCGUUUUGAAAACGAUUAAGGAAAAUGCUGGCGACUAUUACGAUCUGAUGAAUGAUUCGGACGAAGAUUCCGCUGCAUCUUGUUCACUUUCGAGUAUUGCUGAUGCUGAACCUGUAUUCAAAGAGCCUAUUUUUGCAAUGCAGUCAGACGUUUGCUCGUAUAAUAAUAGCGACGAUAAUACCGCCGUAUCUAAUACACACGACGAUCUAGGUGUUGAAAUAACAACAGCUGAUAUUAUUUGUAACAUUUCGCCUGAAGCUUUAACCCCCAGUUGCUUGUUGAUGCAUGCUAAUAACCUCGACAGGAAUGUAUCGGAAUGUGAAAAAGAAUGCGACGAUAUUACGCUCGUCAACCCGAUUAAACGUGAAUCGUCGACCGUACCGCCGGCUGAUUCGCUGACUAAAAAACGACCAUCUCUGCCCGAUACCAGCGUGUUUACCAAAACCACCGAUGCCAAAGAUAAUGUACCUGCUGAUAGUGAUGUUUUACCUGUCUCGAAAUCCCCAACCAAUCCUGGGGCCAACGUUAUACAUAAAGAAAAUCUCGACCUGAUGGAAUAUCCUUUUUUGACCUUAUCUGUGUACCCGGAAGACUUCGUAUUACAUUUAGGAGGUACUGUGUCUGCUAGAUCGGUAAAGUUAUUGACCAGAAUUAGUAAUGUAGAAGAGCCGGAAACCAGAGAUAAUUGGUGGACCGAAUUACGUAUUGAAAUUAAAUCACAUAUGAGAGCUUUAGCUUGCAACGUUGUAUUGAAUUAUACAGAAAAUACGUCUAUUUGCGAUGAAGUUUGCGUAUUGAGUGCCAGUGGAACUGCUGCGUUAGUAAAGAUUUACGAUGGAUCUACUUUUUCCUUGAUGGAGAACUUUAGUAAUAGAAAUCCAGCAAAUAAAUCUGUAGAUAUUGUACAAAGCGAGAAUAAAGAAAGAUUACCAUCUGUUUCGGAAAAAGCUGCAUGCGAAGAAAUAAAUUGCUCGAUAUACCAUAUUCCGUACAGAAAAUCAAGUCUACCUUUACCAGUAAAAAUAAAAACAUGCGGAAUUUGCAAAAAAGGCUUUGUUGCGGAUGUGAUGUUCGUUACCAUUGAGCCAUUUGACAGAAUGCCAGUCAUCGGACAAGGAGCUUUUAUACACGCUUUUGUGUAUCGUUUAAAAAGAGACUGCAAAAGCGAACUUAAUGCCAGAGAAAUUUCCGACGGGUUACCUUUUCUGGAGUACGAAUUGAAUAGGCAAUUAGUCAAUAAAUUAAGGAUCAAAGGAAUGAAUGCGUUGUUUGGCUUAAACGUUCAAGUGGCAAUCGGUGAAAAAAUGAUAUCAGCUUACGCUACCGCUACGGCGAUAUUAUUAGCAGUGUUGCCAGCACCGCCUGAAUUGACUGUAUCGAUGGGACGUCCCCUGAUUCAAAAUUCCGCAUCUAAGAAAAAAUUAACCGAUGCUCGUAAACUACUGGAAGAUACGAUUAAAAAGAAUAGAAUACAUUAUCAACUAGGCGAUUUUCAUCUUAACAUCUCCGAAGGAAAUGCUAAAUCUCAAAGCGUCAGUACCGAUGCAUCUCAGGAACCUCACCAGUACCCUGAUUUAGAAUAUUUUGCUGGCGCUAAACAAACAUGUGCUAUUGAAGUAGAUGACGAAGAAGAUUUAGAAAUUAUAGCCCAAUUAAUAGAUCCUAAUCCUCCGCAAGGAUUUCUAGUCUCGUCUACGGAGAAAUUAAUUUUCGGUUCCUUACCUUAUGUUCCUAAAAAAAAUAUACAACUUUUUACUCAAGUUUAUCGGUAUCGUAUUCCUAGCAACACUCCGCCCAGUAGUUUCAAUAAGGUUUUUUAUCGUAUCGUUCAAAGUUUAUAUAUGAAAAUCCAUAAUCGUAUUCCUUGUAGUUUGAAUAAAGUUUCUUUCAAAAUGGAUAUUCCGGAACCUGACGAGUUACAGAUUAGAAUCGUCGGUAUGGCAUUGGCUUUAAAAGAAUCAGAAAAGGCGCUCGAAAGUGUUUCUACUAGCUGUUCGUCUUUUUCAGAAUUAAGCGACGAUUUAAUCCUCAGCACGAGUACCGAAAAGGAUCUCGAACCAUUGGAUGCUUUGACUACUUAUACGCCUCGAAAACAGAUGACUAAGAAACGAAAUGAAUUAUUCGAUAACGAAAUACACAUCACCUCAUUGUCGUACAUUCCCGGUGCUAGUAUAAAUUUUUAUUUGGGUAAUUUGAAUUUCGUCUUCAUUCGCGAAAGUACCAUGGUGAAAGAGCAAACCGGUGGUGUGAAUAAUUUUGUAAAUAGUCUCUUGUCCGAUGUCACUUCGAUAGUUAAAUCACACGCUGCAGGUAUCGGUGGCAACGCUGUAGUCAACUUUUUUGUCAACGAAUGCAUGUUGAGUACUCAUUCGCAUAAGAAUCAGGGACAGUGUUUGAUUAACGUCGGCGGCGAUGUAGUACGAUACUCUCCCAGAACUUAUCGUUUGGAUGUGUGUUAAUUUCGACAAACUGGCAUGAUGCAAAUGCUCAAGUAGUAUUAGUUUUACUACGACCACAAACGCUACAUAGUUGUUUUUUUUAAAAAAUCGUUUUAUGUUUUUAAUUUUAAUAAAUAUAUUAAUUUUCGAGUUACAA